CUUCGGUCGGUGUUUAUCCUCAUUGGAACAAUCUGGAAGUGCAACGUAGCCAGCUUUGCGUCAGCCGUUUUGCGCAGUUGUUGUCGAGGCGGAGACAAGUUAGGUGCUCCGAGGAAGAACUAGUUAGCGCAACUUCUUGUGGAGAAGUGUCGUGCGUUGUGCUAUAAACACCGAGUUGACUUUAGGAUGUCAGUGUUGUCUGUCGUCAAUUACAACUACAAAACAGACAUGCUUGACACAGUAAUUCGUGAUCCGGGCCUCCAGAGCACCAUGGAUCAGAAGCCAUGUCGCAAACGACAACGGCUCGAUCACCUCACAGCAGAAGAGAAACUGCUGAGACGCAAAAUGAAAAAUCGCGCAGCCGCACAGAGUGCUCGUGACAGAAAGAAGGCGCAUAUGGACGAGCUCGAAGUAGAGGUUGACCAGCUCCGGUUGGACAAAGACAAGUUGGCUACGGAGAACGAUCGACUUCGUGAAAUCAUUGCUGAACAACGAGAACAGAUUGACAAGCUGCGCCAGCGAUUAGCCACCGUCGAGACCGGAGGGGUCCAGCAGAUUGUGCAGAACGCAGUGGAAGAAAUUACGGUGACAGAUAAUUCCCUUGAGCAUGCAUUGCCCAUUAGUGGACCUCAGCCGAAGGACCAGGUAUCGAUGACACCGUUAUUAUUUCUCCUGUGGCCUCACCUGCUACUCCUCCUGUACUUGAUGGGAACGGAAGUGAGACGGAGAACGUCGAUGAAGUUGAUGACGGUAAACCCGAAGAGCGUCACCUAUCCAUAUUCGACUAUAAAGACAUCGUUGAUCUUCUGCUCAACCAGCCUGAAUAUGGAAGCGAACCAAACCGACCGCCUAUUAUCGAGGUGGACUCCGCACCGCUUGAAAACCUAGAUCACAUCUAUCACAAGCAGCUUCAACGCGAAACCGGUGUAAUCCCUAGCAAAGCGGACAAAGCUAUAGCGGUUACCGAAGAGCUUCUUGUCCCUCUGGAUAAUCUUAAUGAUUCGAGACCUCCAUCGUCAAUGUCAUUAACAUGCCCGCGAUCUCCAUUCUCGAGUGCCUGUUCCUCUGGCUACGAGUCCGAUCAGAAAGAGUCGGAUUCGACGUUUUCAGACCACAGCAGCAGUGACGAUUCGGAUGUGAUGGCUUGGGAAAAUAGCUUUUCUGACCUCUUCCCUGACUUGGUCUAAUUGGCAAGAUCCCAAUGUAAUUGUCAAUUCGUUCUUUCUCGAAAGUGAAUUGACACUUCGAAAUUGUACAAAAGCUUGUUUAGCGUAAAUUAUUAGUUAGCUACGAUUAGGAUUAUAGAAUAUUAUUACUAUAGAUAUCUACGUACCCUAUGUAUACUUAGGUAGAAUGGAGGUUGUCCUGCAUUCACAACAAAAAUGCAUGUCGAUUAUCAUUUGGUCAUUAGGACAUACGACGAUGGACGUGGACCUAUGUUUCAUCAUCAUCAUUAUUAUUACUAUUAUACAGAGUGGUUUUUCGGCGUUGUACAGCCGGUGUUCAUGAAAUAAAGAAGCGCUUGUGUACAUUGUAAA